AUCAUCAACGACGUCGAGUACCGCGACGAGAUCGUCGCACACAUGCACCACAUGGAGAGCGAGACCCUCGCCAGCGUCGAGCUCAUGGACGUGCAGCCGGAGCUCAAGUGGUUCAUGCGGCCGUACCUCGUCGACUUCAUCGUCGAGAUCCACCAGACGUUCCGCCUGCGGCCCGAGACGCUCUACCUGACGAUGAACAUCGUCGACCGCUACGUGUCGAAGCGCAUCGUCUACAAGCGGCACUUCCAGCUCGUCGGCUGCGCGGCGCUGCUCAUCGCCGCCAAGUUCGAGGACGCCAAGGACCGUGUGCCCACCGUCGCCGAGCUGAGCCAGAUGUGCUGCUCGGCAUACGACGACUCGGCCUUCACGCAAAUGGAGGGCCACGUCCUCUCGACCAUCGGCUGGUGCCUCGGCUUCCCGACACCCGAGGCCUGGCUGCGCCUCGCCUGCCUCGAGCGCCGCGAGGAGACGGCCACACAGAGCGUCGCACGCUUCCUCAUGGAGCUCUCGCUCUUCCAGCGCGACUUCAUCGGCCUCGCACCGUCGCACCUCGCCGGCGGCGCACUCAUGCUCGCUCGCUACAUCUGCGGACAGUCGGCCGCGGCUCGGCCACACCCGUUCGGCAGCGACGACGCCGCCGUCACCUCGGCGGCGCAGCUCAUCGACACCUACGUGCGCGACAACCUCUCCGAGCUCAGCCUCAUCCUCGUCAAGAAGUACAGCUUCUCGCACUUCUCCAACGCCUCGACGCUCGUGCGCCACUACUAC